AGUGUACAAUCUUAUAGAAAAAAACCUUAAUACUUUUAACAAUUUCAUAAAAUCCUAACACGUCUGUUACUUUUUUUUUAAAUAAAACGAGGCUGAUCCUCCACCAGUCCGGGAACUCGUAUUUUCCUAUAGGGGUUGGAAUGUACGAGCAAAAGGAAGGACCCUGAAGGCAUCAGUCAUACAGUAUUUAAAGCAGCGCCGUGGAGUUGUGAACUAGUGUUGUUCUGUCUCCACUAAAGAGCAGACAUGUCUCUCCAGAAAUUGGUGGUUUAUUUCAAAGCAGCAUGUAUUCUUUGCUGCAUGAUAGCAGUCCCACCUGUGCUCAGUAUUAUACAGUUUCUCUCACCAACCCUCUUCAGGACCCUGAUGUUGAAAAUGGGCGAAAAGACAACAAUGACCCAGAAUCCCAGAUUUAAGUUUGAGGAUUGGGGUCGGACUUUUUUGUCUUUCACCUUCAUCAAAACUGCCUUUCAAAACAUGUGGCAGUCGCUCGGACAAGAAGCUUUUAUGGGCGGAGAAGUCCCAGACUCACCGUUGAUCACCAUGGACAGGCAGAAAACCAGCAUCUGCAAAUACGUGAAAGGGAACAGACCGCUGGUGUUGAGUUUCGGGAGUUGUACCUGACCCCCGUUUAUGUUCAAACUAGACGAGUUCAAGCAACUCGUCAAGGAUUUCAGCGACGUCGCUGACUUUCUUGUCAUCUACAUCGCUGAGGCUCAUUCAACAGAUGGAUGGGCCUUCACCAACAAUUUUGACAUCAAUCAGCACAAGAGCCUGGAGGACAGGCUUUCUGCAGCUGAAACCCUGGUUCAGAACGAACCGCUGUGUCCUGUUGUUGUCGAUGAAAUGAGUAAUGAUGCCGCCCUGAAGUACGGAGCUCAGCCGGAGAGGCUUUACGUGCUGCAUGCUGGGAAAGUUCUCUACAAGGGGGCGAUGGGGCCUUGGGGCUACAAUCCACUGGAGGUCCGUUCUGUCCUGGAGAAGAUGAAAUAAGAGCCUGCACCUUUUUUUUUUUUCUUUUUUUUUUUCUUUUUAUCAUCCAUCAGUCUGAUAAGGAAGUUUGUUGCUUAUUUGGUUAAUUCUGUAUCGUAGUCAUGUUAUUUUACUCGGUCUGCAUGCAGGUCCUCCACAAACACUGAAUGGGAAAUAUAAUCCUUGGACAUGCACAAGUGUUGCCCUCCUGCAUUCACAAAACGCGCCCUGAGCUUGAACUGAGCUCGUGUUUCUUUGUGACGGCUACAGAUUAAACCAUUGGCCUCUGUCGCCAGAUGGAGUGAAACAUGAUAAAGGUUCACUCAGGAAUUGUGUCUGAAGCUGGAUGGAUGUCACGUGUCCCCCUCUUUGUUGUUAAUGCUGAAGUUUACAAUUUAUAUCUGAGAAAUUACUCAUUUUUCACUUGCAGUGUCGCUGCCACCAUGUUCAGCAUAAAUUUACAAUGAUUUAUUUUCAGGUAUAAAUUCUCCAAAGUAAUUCUAUGCAAGGCUGCUUCUUUUAUGACGAUUACAGUGCAAUCCUCUGGAAACUGUAAUCUGAUAAAAGAUUAUUUGGAAGUGGGCCUUCUCUGAAUUACAUAGGAGUAUUUAUCACCUUACACAUGUAAUGCAUGAUCCUUAAAUAAGGCUUUGAGUUUAAUUUGAAUCAGAGUGUUUGUUUUAUCCUCCAGCAACAUCAUGACGCAUACUUUUUCUUUUUGGAAAGCCACAGACAUCUUCAAUAUUGCAUUGUGUGGUUUCAGGGCAUUAAUGUCUUUGCACAUGAGUUUCCAACUACACCAAGAAUGUGGUUGUUUACUAUUUUCCUGGAAGCAAUAAAUGAGUGGCAUGGUAUGCAGAUUACCCAACUGCAGUCUGGCAUGCAUUGAAUGAAUUUGAGUUGCAUUCAGAUCCUGAUGUGAGUUAAUGCUUAACUUUCUUAUAUUUACUUUGAUUUCUGCAUCCUAUGGCCUUAAUGUUUUGUACACGUUCAAAUAAGUGCUUUUGUGGCUUUUCAAUGUCUUUGUUAUAUGAAGUAAGUCCUUUGAGUUCAAAAUAAUAAAAUAAAAGACUUGUAUUUUCAG